AUGGUUCUGUUCUCUAUCUAUGGUCUACUGUCAGCCGCCGUCCUCGUACUUACGCAAGUCAACGGUGUUAACUCUACGCCGGCACACGACGAACCCGACAGGCAAACUCGAGAUAUCUCAACUCGCUCAACUCCUGAUGCUCCUCACUGGGUUGCGUAUUGGGAUAAGUCUACUUCUGGAGUAUCGGGUGCUCCAAACGCCUCUGACCUAACUGGUUACAACACCUUUAUCUUGGCGUUCCUCCUACUCGAGGGCGCGUGGGACAAUGCUGAAGAGUGGACCGAGUUGGCUGUCGACGAGCGUUCUACCAUCUUAUCGGAGUACUCGGCGGCAGGCAUCUCAAUGAUCGUCAGUUGUUUUGGUUCUUCAGACGUUCCGACCACCAGCGGCGCUGAUCCCACGGACACUGCUAAUACAUUCGCGGCAUGGGUUAUCGAGUAUGAUCUUGAUGGUAUUGAUGUGGACUACGAGGACUUCGACGCAUUUGAUGCGGGAACUGCCGAAGCGUGGCUGGUAACAUUCACGCAACAACUGCGGACUCAACUUCCGGAAGGCCAAUACAUCCUCACGCAUGCUCCGGUUGCUCCAUGGUUCGGACCGAACAUUUGGACCAACGGAGGUUAUCUCCAGAUCGACUCGUAA